UGAAGAUGCCAUACGCUUCAUUCAGAGAAAUUUCUACGUAGAUGAUGGUCUGGCAAGCAUUCAAACUGAGAAGGAAGCCAUUCAGCUUGUCAAAGAAUCAAGAGCACUUUGCUGCACUGGCAAGUUAAGACUUCACAAGUUUGUUUCUAACAGUGAAAAUGUGAUGGCAACCAUCCCAGAAGAAGAACGUGUCACAGUCAAAGAUCUGGACAUGGCCUUGAGUUCACCGCAUAUGGAGAGAGCUCUUGGAGUAGAGUGGUGCAUCACAUCGGACUCGUUUAAAUUCAGAGUUCAAAGACUGGAUGACCACUCCGGUGCAUCGGUGACCCAGGUGCAUCGCACCCAUGGGGAUGUGGGUUUUUGA